AUGCACGCAGAAUGGUACGAGCACUUAAAAGAAGAGUUACGAAAAAGUUAUUUUCAAAAAAUGUAUAUGAAGAUAAAGGAGGAGAGAAAAACAAAAGUGAUAUACCCCCCAGCUCGGCUAGUGUUUAAUGCCUUCUUAAAAACACCCCUAUCAAAUAUAAAAGUAGUGAUUGUAGGUCAGGAUCCCUAUCAUCAGAAAGGCCAAGCCAUGGGUUUGUGUUUCUCUGUACCCGUUGGUAUUAAAAUUCCACCCAGUCUAAAAAACAUUUUAAAAGAAAUAAAACAGACCAGUAAUCAUGGAGAUUUAAUUAGUUGGGCAGAGCAAGGGGUGUUCCUACUAAACACAUCUCUAACUGUCGAGGAGAACAAACCCGCUUCACACAAAAAUUAUGGAUGGGAAACCUUUACCGAUAAAGUCAUAAAUAUUAUAAAUGAGAAAAAGGAAAAAAUUAUCUUCAUGCUAUGGGGCAACUUUGCCAUAAAGAAAUGCUCCAAAAUCGACACAAAGAAGCAUUUUAUUUUAAAGGCGGGACAUCCAUCUCCUUUAAGUGUGAGGCACUUUGCCAGCUGCGACCAUUUUAAAAAGUGCAAUGAGAUUCUCACGCGCAACGGCAUGGCGCCGAUC